GCGGCGCUGAGGGAGGCCGGCAUGGCUGCCAGCGCCAAGUCCUUCCUGGCCGAUGCGGGCUAUGGCGAGCAGGAGCUGGACGCCAACUCUGCCCUCAUGGAGCUGGACAAAGGCCUCAGGUCUGGCAAACUCGGGGAGCAGUGCGAAGCCGUCGUUCGUUUUCCCAGGCUCUUCCAGAAAUAUCCUUUCCCCAUUCUCAUUAAUUCAGCUUUCCUCAAGCUAGCUGAUGUUUUCAGGGUGGGAAACAACUUCCUGAGGCUGUGUGUCCUGAAAGUUACUCAGCAGAGUGAGAAGCACCUGGAGAAGAUCCUAAAUGUGGAUGAGUUUGUCAAAAGAGUUUUCUCAGUAAUUCAUAGCAAUGAUCCGGUUGCUCGGGCUAUUACGCUUCGGAUGUUGGGCAGCAUGGCAUCUAUUAUUCCAGAAAGGAAGAAUGCCCAUCACAGUAUUCGUCAGAGUUUGGAUUCCCAUGAUAAUGUGGAAGUUGAAGCUGCUAUAUUUGCUGCUGCCAACUUUUCUGCACAAUCAAAGGAUUUUGCUGCUGGAAUAUGCAAUAAGAUCAGUGAGAUGAUUCAAGGCCUGGCCACACCUGUGGACUUGAAAUUGAAGCUGAUCCCUAUUCUACAGCACAUGCAUCAUGAUGCUAGCCUAGCCUCCAGCUCCCGGCAGCUGCUUCAGCAGCUGGUAACAUCCUAUCCCUCUACCAAGAUGGUCAUUGUUACUCUGCACACUUUUACUCUGCUUGCUGCUUCUUCUUUGGUUGAUAUUCCUAAACAGAUCCAGCUUUUGUUGCAAUACUUGAAGAACGACCCCAGGAAGGCUGUGAAGAGACUUGCCAUCCAAGAUUUAAAGUUGUUGGCCAACAAGACACCACAUACGUGGAGCAGAGAAAAUAUUCAGGCACUCUGUGAAUCUGCUCUCCAUACUCCUUAUGACAGCUUGAAACUGGGCAUGCUAUCUGUUCUUUCCACGUUAUCAGGGACCAUUGCCAUUAAACAGUACUUCAGCAGCGCGCCAGGAACAGCAGCUACGACUGCAAAAUCAUUUGAUUUAGUAAAGCUAGCACAGGAGUGCUGUUACCAUAAUAACCGUGGCAUUGCAGCUCAUGGUGUGCAAAUUCUGACUAAUAUAUCAGCCUCUUGUCAGGAAAAAGAUCUUUUGCCUUUGGAGCAAGAUGCAGUUUUUGGCUUAGAAGCUCUUCUUGUUCUUUGUAGUCAAGAUGACAGUCCAGGAGCUCAGGCAACCUUAAAGAUCACGUUAACUUGUAUGGUGAAGCUGGUCAAGUGCCGUCCUCACCUGAGCCAGUCGGUAGUUGAAUCCCUGCUGACCCAGCUGCACAGUGCCCAGGACGCUGCUCGGAUUCUCAUGUGCCACUGUUUGGCAGCUAUUGCCAUGCAGCUGCCUGUCCUAGCAGAUGGGAUGCUAGGAGACCUAAUGGACCUCUAUAAAUUAAUUGGACGAUCUGCCACAGAUAAAAAACAGGAACUCUUGGUUUCUCUUGCCACAGUGAUAUUUGUUUCCAGUCAGAAAGCUUUAUCUUCAGAAGUCAAAACUGUUAUCAAACAGCAGCUUGAGAAUGCUUCCAAUGGAUGGACAGCCUACAGGAUAGCCAGGCAGGCUUCCAGAAUGGGCAACCAUGACAUGGCCAGAGAACUGUAUCAAAGCCUGCUGACUCAAGUGGCUUCAGAACACUUCUACUUCUGGCUGAACAGUUUGAAGGAGUUCUCUCAUGCAGAACAGUGUCUGACAGGUUUGCAGGAGGACAACUACAGCUCAGCGCUUUCUUGCAUUGCUGAAGCUUUAAAAUCCUAUCACAAAGGAAUAGCAUCGCUGACGGCUGCUAGUACGCCACUUAAUCCUCUGAGCUUUCAGUGUGGAUUUGUGAAACUCAGGAUUGACCUUCUGCAAGCUUUUUCUCAACUUAUUUGUACCUGCAACAGCCUAAAAACAAGUCCACCACCAGCUAUUGCCACAACGAUUGCUAUGACGUCAGGAAAUGAUCUCCAAAGGUGUGGACGCAUCUCCAACCAGAUGAAACACUCAAUGGAGGAAUUCCGAAACCUGGCUACACGGUAUGGAGAUCUGUAUCAGUCAUCUUUUGAUGCAGACUCAGCAACUCUAAGGAAUGUAGAACUACAACAGCAGAGCUGCCUGUUGAUUUCACAUGCAAUAGAAGCUCUGAUUUUGGAUCCAGAAUCUGCAAGUUUCCAGGAAUAUAGCUCGAAUGGAACAGCACAUGUUGAGAGUGAAUAUGAAAGAAGAAUGAUGUCUGUAUUUAAUCAUGUACUGGAAGAAGUGGAAUCACUCAACAGGAAGUAUGCUCCUGUGUCUUACUUGCAUACAGCUUGUCUGAGCAAUGCUGUCAUUGCACUGUUGAAGGUACCCCUUUCAUUUCAAAGGUACUUUUUUCAAAAGCUGCAGUCUACAAGUAUUAAGCUUGCUCUAUCCCCGUCUCCGAGGAACCCAGCAGAACCCAUUGCAGUACAGAACAAUCAGCAAUUGGCCCUAAAGGUGGAAGGAGUGGUUCAGCAUGGAUCUAAACCAGGCCUUUUCCGUAAAAUCCAGUCUGUCUGUCUAAACGUCUCUUCAGUGCUGCAGAGCAAAUCUGGACAAGACUAUAAGAUUCCUAUUGACAACAUGACCAAUGAAAUGGAGCAGAGGGUGGAACCACACAACGACUACUUCAGCACUCAGUUUCUGUUAAACUUUGUGAUACUUGGCACCCACAAUAUCACAGUAGAGUCCUCCGUAAUAGAUUCAAAUGGUAUUGUCUGGAAAACUGGGCCUAAAACAACUAUUUUUGUUAAAUCUCUUGAGGAUCCAUACUCCCAGCAGGUUCGUCUUCAGCAACAGCAAGGACAGCCACCAUCACAGCAGCAACAGCAAAGAACAGCAUACUUGCGGUUUUAAUUCCCAGAAGUCACUCUAUCCCUAUCAAUGGUUUUUUUGGAGGUCAGUGGGAGACAACUCCAAUAUUUAAUCACCUGCUCCAGCAAUCCUUGACAUCAGUCAAUCACCUAAUAUUACCAAUAUUAGUAUCUGUAUCUACCAGUUAAUAAGCAUAUUAAAAUGUAUUUUUACAAUGAGCAGUAGUGACAUCCCUGUCAGUAGGUUCGCGAGGCUGAAAAGACAUAGGUACAGGGAGGUAUUCAGUCAAAAAAAAAAAAGUAAACUUUAGAGAAAUAGUUGAAAAGGCCACAAAUUGAGAGUUGCUUAUAUUAAUCUUUUGCCUUUUUUUGCAUUUAUAAUAGUAAAAUGACAAACAACAUAUAAUGAAAGCUCAUGAAGCUCAGAGAUUGAGGAAUUGUUUGCAGAAAUAAGAACUGGAAAAAAAAAAUCAAACCCAAAAAGCAGUUGUUCAGCUGCUGAGCUUCAGUGUUAUCAGUUAUUGACCAAACGAAAAAGGAUGGAAAAAAAAGAUUUCUACUGCUUAGUUGUUUCCAUCUUUUUGUUUGCAAUAAUGGCACAUAUAUACACAUACAUGUUACUUUAUACUAGAGAGGAUUCUUCAGAGGCUCAUACUGGAUGACAGACGGCAGGGGCUUCUCAAGAUCCAUACGGGAUAUUUUGUUGUGCACACUCCCUAGGACUUGGGUCGUCCAUGUGAAGGCCAGGAAAUGAGGAAUAGGAGUGGGUCUUUGCGACCAGCUCAUUCAGCAAAAUGCUAAACCACAGUUUCCUAAGCUUUAAGGCAGUUGCUCUGACAAAGAAUGCUUUGUACGCCUGCUUCCCCAUGUGCAAUGCCCUUCUGCAAUAUAAAUUGCCUAAUUCAUUAUUUGUCUAACAUAAUUUCUGCAGUCCCUCAUUUUGAUGUAUCAGAUUUGAGAAUACUAUUACAAAUUGUACAGUGUGAAUAAAAUUAUUAAGAGAUAUAUAAGAAAUCUUAUAAAAAUGAAUUAUAAUUAAUGUUUUUCAUCUUGGGAUAACAUAAAAACAAGGCUUCAUUUUGCUGUUGGGAUGUAAAAAUUAAAAUGUAACUUUAAUUAUGGCCUAAAAGUUGUCCUUUUUCUACCUGAGGAUUUUGGAGCAAAGUUUUGCUGAGAAUAAGUUCAAGUGUAUGCCCAGAGUUAUUCUCAUGAGAUACAAAAGGGAAAAAAAACCAAAACAACAGAACAAACCCCAGGUCUUACUGAAGCUGGUAACACUUCAGAGCAGCUCCAGCUGACUCCAUAAUGAUUAGAGCGCAACUGUCAGAUUUAACCUAGUAAUAAAAAUAACAUAGACAGAAAAACACCCUGACUUGGAAACAUUUAUGCAAGAUGUGUCCUUUUUGUCAAGAAGGUCAGCGGUUUUGUUGUGUUUUGUUUUACUGAAAUAGAACAAGAUGGCAUUAUUUGGUUGUUUGCGUUUUUAAAUUGUCAAAUUAAA